UUUGGUGCACGGAUGCACGAGCCCAGCUCACCUGCUGCUUCAGCUUGCAUGAAAGUGUGCAUUUUGUACGAUCUUACUGUCAUGCUGACAAAACUGUCGUAUUCGGCGUCUUAUGAAUAACAUCAAUCGUUCAGGUUGCAUUAUCGCAUUAUCGCAGCUUGGGGCCGAUGCUGAUGCACGUCUGAGCUCGACCUUGCUUGCGACCAGACUGACCGUUAUCUGCUGCUGCUGCACGGGGCCCAUACUCGGACAACUGGCUGUUUCCUUGAUAAAGUUACCAACAUCGCUCGGGUUGGCCGCGAAAUUCGCUGAACAGAUGCAUCAUCUAGACAGUCUAUCCACCCCAUAUGGCUCGAAGAAUUUCGCAUUAGAUGGUUGGAUUGAAGAACUGCAGGUCGCUCAAUAUGGCCGUUGCGCCCGGGAAUUCCAUGGAUGGGUGGGUCAUCAUCCCAACAGGUUUCGGCUGGCUUUUUUCGAUUUCCACCACCGGACACCCGACAGCAAAAUCAGUAUGCACUGCAGACAAUGCAGGAGUCAUCGGUCGGUGUCGAUCAAUUUGGGACUGAAGUCAAAGUGGCCAGUCAGAAUCCCGAUGCGAGUCACGGGAUUGCAAGGCAGCCUGCAGCGAGACAUUUCUGACUGAGACAAAGGGAUGAAACAAGUCCAGAUUGAUGAAUAUCUGGCGGGUUGUAAUAAGCAACUGUGUUGGGGAAGAUGGGAGAUUUUGGUGGCCGCGCGAGGGCACGUGCUUGUUGCUGCCUGAGGCUGUCAAGGACACAACGCGCCGCGUAACCCCAUUCUAGACGCGAUGCUACACAGCCAACAAAGAAGCCAUCCGCCUAUUCCCGAACCCUGUGAAACAUCGUCCCGCUAUCUUCCGAUCGAUUACUUUACUCCGUCCAACCCAUCAUAUCAACACU